UUGUGUUGAAGUUGACAUUAAGAUGUUUACCGGGUUCAAAUUUAGAUAUGGAAACAUCUAGUGCUUUAUAAUGGAUAAAAUUUGAAUAUAUAACAGUUUUGUUCACUAAUGAUCAAGUUAACGAUGAAUUAUGUCCUGAAAGUAUUUUGCUUUUUACAGUUGAUAAAAGAAUUUUACGGUGAUAUCAAGCUAUCAUGUGACACUAUUAACACACAAGUACCUGCAAAUGUAACGUGUAUAUGUACAUUCUCGGGGGAUGGUAUUUCUUGGUUUUACCCAAAUGGUACCCAUCUUGUGAACUGCCUACCAUCUGUCGGAUGUGUACCAAUGAUAAAUGGCUUCGUAUUUUCUAUGAACGUGUCAGCAUCAAUAUAUAAGAUGACAGUAAUAAACUACAGUUAUAGCGAUUGCAUAUAUUUUACAUGCAAUAACAUAAUUGACAGCAGUGUUAAGAAAUCUGCAAGACCACAAGCUGCAGAAUUUGAUUUAACAACUCAGGUGUCACUCAAUGAACCAAGUUCUAACUACUCAAGUGGUAACAUUUCAAUUACCAUCGGCUGUGUUUAUAAGUAUUGGAAAUUGAAAACCAAAUGGUUCAUUGUCAAUGUAGAUUCUGACACAGAAUAUUCGUUUGAUCGUCAUGCACCAAUUUUCAAUGCUGACAACUCUUCGUGUAAUCCCUGUGACGACGACCCACUUGCAUCAUUUACGAUCGGUUUUAUCCACACCGAAACAAACGAAAGUAACUCUAAAAAAGUGUCAUUUAAAGUGAAAAUCUAUCACGAAGAUUAUCCAUCAGAUUUCAUGAUGCUAAACUUUGGAAAUGAAUACACAGUGCGAGGUAAGAUAAAUGGAAGAUGUAUUAUGCCAUUUAAGUCUAUAUUUACAGAAUGUGCAGCUUUCUUUAAAUCGGAUAAAACUUGA